AUGGCAUCAGGUAAUUUUGCUAUGAGCUCCGCAUUCACCGAGAUAGAUGCGACGAUAUCAGAAGGCACACUACAAAGACUACCCGCAGAGCUCUUCCUUCAAGUUGUUGAAUACCUGAAAUACGACGGCUGGCCCCCAUCAGCACGCGACAUCAACAUAUCCAGCGUGAUCAAGCUAUCCCAAACGUGCAGAUGGCUCCACCGCUUCUUGACUCCCCGACUAUGGGAGGCCUGGGCGCUGUCUCGGGAGGACAUUGACACGCAUCCUGAGCGGAGUCCGUUCCGACAUUUUCGCAAUUUCAUACAGACCGCAGCCCUGUACUGUGAUGAAGCGGCCUGCCUCAGAGCAUUCGAUAACGGUGUAGAUCUCAAGAAUACAAUCUUCUCUUUCCAAGAUCACAAUGAAAAUUCAUCUUCGCCCUUUUCGGGCCCCAUCACCCUUAUACAGAGAAGCGUCAUGUCGAACAUGUUUGAGUCCAAGGAGCGCCGAGGCACUUUGGCCCACGUAGCUGUUACAUCCCAAAUGUCGGAUUCAGACCAGAAGAUCCGCUUUCUCAAGUAUCUCCGUUGUCAAGGAUUUGACAUAGUGCGUUCUUUGGAACGUGGCGCGGGUGGUACGCGUCGUCUACCGCGCCUGUACGUGACGACAGUCUUUCAGCAAGCCGCGCUGCUAGGAGACAUCAAGAUCUUGCAAUACCUAAUGGACGAUAUUGGCGUAUGCAUGCCGUAUGAGAGUUUUCUAUUGAAUGGCGACAGCCUGAUAACAACCAUGGUGGUGAGAGCGAUUGACCAGGAGGCAAUCCAGCUCUUGGUACAUUCGGGUGCGGUUAUCAAUCGCCUUGGAUGCCGAGGCCCCUUGGCAGCCGCGGUGACUCUCGGAAAGAAAGAUAUGAUUCAACUCCUGAUCGACAACGGAGCUCAUGUGGACGAGGAGAGCGCUUCGCUGCCUCACCUUCUGGGAGAGAUGCUCCAGUGUAUUACGGACUGUCUCAGAGACGGGGAAGAGCAAUUGGUUGCUGUCUCUGUCGAUAUCGUUACCAUCCUCCUUGAUGCCAUGGCGCCUGGCGCGCUGCUGGAGACCGACAUGCGCUGGUUCCUUUUCGACAAUAUGAUGGAGUGUACAAGCUUUUCACCCUACCCGGCAGCCGGGGUAUUUGGUCAUCUGUUGACGCUUGUUCCUCGGGCACUGGAACAAAACAGCCCCUGCACCUGCGAGGACCCUCUCAUAUUUCGAUUCUUCAACAGACAUUCCUCGCAAGGGGCUGAUGGUUUCACGAGACGGACGACAGCAGGGAGUCAAACGUGGCGUAACACCACCGCCCAAUGUUGCCAGAGCAAGAACCAUCUCCCAGACUGGCUUAGAGUUGUCCAAAGUCUCGGCGUGCAGAUAGACGCGUGCCGCCCUUCCUUUGGUGAUGACCCGUCGUGCUACGGUGUGCUGCACAUGAUCGUCGACAACGUUUUCAAAGACGAGCAGAGACUCAUGUGCCAGUGCGAGACCGAGCUGCUGGACUGCAUGCUGGCUGCGGGCUUGGACAUCAACCAAGGCGUCGGCGCGAACCCCGGCACCGCGAUCCACCGGUACUGCCAAAAUGUGCUGCGCUUCGAGGCCGACUGCGGCUGCGAGAACGGCCCCUUCGACCAGCUGGAGUAUGACGAGGUCGCGCCCAUACUGGAUUUCUUGCUGUCCAGGGGCGCUGACAUCAACGCGCGAGAUGCGCACGGUCAUACGCCGCUGAAGAUGCUGGAGCUGCGCUACCAAAAGCUGGAUGAAAUCGACCGAGAAUCUCUACGGGCGAGUCGGCCAGGCCUAUAUGCGAAAGUCCGCCACCAGCUAGAACGUGCCGGAGCAAAGAUGCGUUAG